AAACCUUCUUUUUUGCCAAGGUAACACUCUUAGGCUCUUGUAACCCUAAACUUUCAUUUUAUGAUAUUCACAGUUUAGCAAAAAAAAAAAAAAUCAAACCUGAAACAUGUUGGCGUUCUAAACUCGUUCAUUUAUCACCGAAUUUUUCUUGAGUUCACCAGCCAAUAAUAGUUUACCACUUCAUAUUCAGUUUUUGAAAAAAGAAACAAAAUAAUAAUAAUAAUUUUCCAAGUCAUAUUAUAUUUUCAAAAUAAAAAUACUAAUAGCUGCCAAAAGAAAGGAAAUAUUUUUAACAAUGUUAACUCGACAACAAAAUACUUAACCCUAAAUCUUAAACCUUUGGGUAAACUUUAAAUUUUUAAGUAAACUCUAAACCCUUGGGUAAAACCCUGAAGAUUUGGGUAAAUUUUAAACUUUUGGGUAAAUUCUAAACCCUAGGGUUUAGGAUCUAGGGUUUAGAGUUUUGCUGACAACAUUUAGGGCGUUUAGUGUUUAGAAUUUACCUAAUGGUUUAGCAUUUAUCCAAGAGUUUAAAGUUUAAUGUUUAUGUUUUAGAGUUUAGUGUUUUGCUGACGGCGUUAAUAUUUUUUUUUUAAUUCGUUUUUUUUUGCAGUUACUACUAUUUUUUAUUUAUUAUAUUUAAGAAUAAUAAUAUACUUAAAUUCUUAUUAUUGUGUUUCCUUUUAAAAAAAAAACUGAAUAUGAGAUGACAAACUAUUAAUGGUUGGUGAACCUAUGUUCACUUUAAAGAAUGAACCCAAGAAAACAUCUUUACCACCCGACCAUAAGGUCCCAUGCAUAUUUUGUAUAUGUUUUUUAAUUUUCAAUGUUAUUUUAAAAUUUUAAUAAUAAUAUGCAACGGAAAAAGGUCAGUAUUCACUCAAUGUUUAUUUGAGAAUUUGUUUCUGUAAAUUAAUACUAGCAAAUUCAGGAAAUAUAUACGCCAAAAUCAAAUGCAGGUUAGGCUCUAGAAAACCUUAAAUUAGUUUAUUUAAAUAGAUUUCCAAAUAAUGUAUCACUCAGUUCAUCUCAUAAAUAUAUAUACUAGAUGAUUUUCCCGUGCUCAUGUACGAAUAUAAUAUUUAUAAAAUAAAUAUAUAAUAAAAAUAAAUUAAUAGUCUAUUUUCAUUUUUAGAUCAUUUGUUUUUUUUCUCAGUCCCUCCAACUUUUAAAGUUUAUCAUCUAGAACUGCUGCUCUUUCUUCUAUCUUUAUGCUUGUUGUUGGCUUAAGUGCUUCAUGUUGCUAUCUUUAUAAAACGUUGUUUCACUGUAUGAUCCAUUGAUCAUAGAUUGUAUCCGUUCUUUUAAUUUUAAUUAAAAAUCAUUUUAAAGAAAUUCAAUCAUUUUAUAAUUUAUAUUAAUAAUAUUAUGCUGUUUUAAUAGACAUGUGAUUUUGGAUACAUAGCAUCUAGCCGGUUUGGUUGUCACUUGGAUAUAUUAAAUUGCAUCAAUUUCUUCGAAUUCAACCAUUAUAUUUUUUCUAAAUAUAUUAAAAAUUAUUUGUUAUUUACAUUUAAAUUGGAUUUCUCUUACAUAUGUAAAUAUAUUUUAUUACAAUUAUGGUAUAAUAUAAUAUAUAUUAUUUUGAAAAUCAAAUUGGAAAAUUAAACAAAAAUGUUAAUUGAUUCAAAAUUACACAAAUGAAUAUGAAGAUAAUAUUUUGAAAUCUCAUGCAUAUAGUUUACAAAUGAAAUAAAUUGUAACAAUUUGUUCAUAUUUUAUAUUUAUUUGUUAAUGUGUUUUUUAGUUAGAUCUUUGAUUUUGGAUAUAAAAUUUUUGAUUGGUCCAAUUACUAAUUUUGUGGGUAUAUAUAGUGACAUAUAUUUUUCAAAUUGAAGUAUAGUUAUUUUAAUUCCUGUUAAGCCAAAUUGAAUUUGAUUUUAUUUAUCGGAUUAGUUUAGUUUUUCAUCUUUGAUACUAAUAAUAUUUUUGGAUUUUUUAGAUUAAUUAAUAUAUGUUGAUUUUCCAAAAUAUAUUAAAAAUAAAACAGUGAUAAGUAUAAAAAUAACAUAUAAAAUUUUGAAAGCGUUAAUUUACAAUAAUAAAAAUAAUUUAUCAAUUUUAAGUAAUUUUAUAUCUUAGAUUUUUAAGUAAUUAAAAAACUGACUUUUCAAAUAAUAUUAUAUAUAUAUAUAAUUCUUGUAAGAAAAAGAGACUUAUGAUAUUUGGGACAAAAAAAUGAUAUAUUACUAUUAAGUGUAUAAUAAUCGAAUCAAUCAUCAAAAACUAUAUAAUAUAAUUGGCCAGACAGUUUUUCAUUUAACUAAAAAUUGUUUAAAAAUGUCAAAGCAUAUUAGAAUAGACAAAUCUUAAAUGUUUUUAAAAUGAUGAUAUUUUUCUUGGAACUCUUUCUCCUCUAUUUAUUGCAGUUUUCCUCCUUUCACUUUCAGGAGACAAACGAACUGAUCAUUAUUUCAUCCGUUUUUCUUCUCUUUCCCUUACCUUUCUAGCUUUUCUGUUUCAGCUUAAAGCUCGCAACACUAUCAGAGUUCUGUUUCACAGUUUCAGAACAAUGGAGGAGCAAAACCAACCAGACGAUUUCUCUUCCCAUAAACAUCCAACUUUUCCUCAAGUCAUAGAGGAGCUAAAAGAGCUCUGGGCUAUGGUUUUACCGAUCACAGCAAUGAACUGUCUAGUCUACGUACGCGCCGUCGUCUCCGUCCUCUUCCUCGGCCGUCUCGGUAGCCUCGAGCUAGCCGGAGGAGCUCUCUCAAUCGGUUUCACCAACAUCACAGGCUACUCAGUCCUCGUAGGACUCGCCUCGGGACUCGAGCCAGUAUGCAGCCAAGCCUUUGGUAGCAAAAACUGGGAGCUCCUCUCGCUCUCUCUCCACCGUAUGGUCAUGAUCCUCUUGUUCGCCUCCGUGCCCAUCGGCCUGUUAUGGAUCAACCUCGGGCCCAUCAUGCUAUUCUUGGGCCAAGACCCGGAGAUAACCGCUACGGCCGCAGAGUACUGCCUCUACGCGCUUCCUGAUCUUUUGACUAAUACUCUGCUUCAGCCGUUACGGGUUUAUCUAAGGUCACAGCGGGUGACGAAACCGAUGAUGUGGUGCACGUUAGCUGCUGUGACGUUCCACGUGCCGUUGAACUACUGGCUUGUGAUGGUGAAGCGAUGGGGUGUUCCUGGUGUGGCUACUGCUUCAGUUGUGACGAAUUUAAUUAUGGUUAUGCUUCUUGUGGGUUAUGUUUCACUAAGUGGGAAGAUGCAAAAGAGUCAGGGUGUUAGUGGGUCUAUGGUGGCUACGGUGGCGGCUCAGUCCUCGGUUGUGGAGUUGGUUGGUGGGUUGGGACCGUUGAUGAGAGUGGCGGUUCCGAGUUGUUUGGGGAUAUGUUUGGAGUGGUGGUGGUAUGAGAUUGUGAUUGUGAUGGGUGGUUAUUUGGAGAAUCCUAAGCUUGCUGUGGCUGCUACUGGGAUUUUGAUUCAGACAACAAGUCUUAUGUAUACUGUUCCUAUGGCUUUAGCUGGAUGCGUGUCUGCUCGGGUUGGAAACGAGCUAGGUGCAGGUAGACCAUACAAGGCGAGACUAGCGGCAAACGUGGCUCUAGCUUGCGCAUUUGUUAUAGGAGCAUCCAAUGUGGCUUGGACCGUGGUUCUAAAAGAGCGUUGGGCAGGACUUUUCACUGGCUACGAGCCACUCAAGGUGCUGGUUGCUUCGGUUAUGCCAAUUGUUGGGCUUUGCGAGCUAGGGAACUGCCCUCAAACUACGGGUUGCGGGAUUCUAAGAGGGACAGGCCGGCCAACGGUUGGGGCACAUGUGAAUCUUGGGUCGUUUUAUUUUGUUGGGACGCCUGUUGCUGUUGGACUAGCGUUUUGGUUGAAGGUUGGGUUUAGUGGAUUGUGGUUUGGGUUGCUUUCGGCCCAGGCGGCUUGUGCAGUUUCAAUAUUGUAUGCAGUUUUGGCAAGGACAGAUUGGGAAGGAGAAGCAAUGAGGGCUAUGAGGAUGACGAGUUUGGAGAUGAGGAAAGUUGGAAAGGACGAAGAAUCAUCGUCGUUGUUGGAUGAUCGCAAUAGGAGUGAUGAGAAGUUGGGUGUUGUCUUGUAAUAAAUCGGAUCAGUUGUGGGGUAAAGCAAAGACUUUAGAGACUUAUUGUUGUUUUCGACUUGUUUAUCUUUUGUGUGUGUUUUAAGUGCAUUUGCUAAUUGGAAUCUUUCCUGGAAAUUUAAUCAUUUUUAAAACGUUGAAUUCUGAUUAAUAAUACUGUUUUUAAAAGGAAUUUUGGAUAUGGCAUUUUGCCAGAAAUGGUGAAAAGGAGAAUAUAAUUAAAGCUUGAAUGAAACAUUUUUGGUCAUUUUUAGCCAAAAAAAAACAUUUUUUGGUCAUACUAAGCCAAACACCAUUGGAUGCAUGCAUAUAGUCCUUUAUCUUACUUUUAGUGAUAAAAACAUUUAUGUAAAUAUUAGUUGUGUAAUUAUGGAUUAACAAAUGAUGAUGAGAAAUGAUACCAUGAUUCAAAGCCUGGCACAUAUAAAGUUGUUCCCAAAAACUUUGGGACAUACCAUUGUCAAUGUCAUAUUAGCCCAAUACAAAUGACUUCUUUUGUCGGAUACAUCAAGUCUCGACUGUGAAUUUAGGAAACAAUAAACACAUCAAGUCUCGACUGUGAAUUUAGGAAACAAUAAACAUGUCAGCAACAAGAAAUUCAGAUUAGAAGCCUAGUGUUAUCACCUAUUUGUUUGUUUGUACAAAGGCUUUGAAAUUGCAGUCUUUGCUAACAAAAGGAUAUGACUUGUGUUUGGAGGCACUGAGAAAUCUUACAUCACAGAAAAUAUUUUAAGAAAAUAUAAAAGGUUGGAUUGUAUCACAAGUAAUAGACACCAAAGAACUUCAUCUUCUUCUUCGAUCAGUCUUUGUCAGAGAAGGUAAUCUUCUUACCGCAGAAGACUGCCUCCUCUUUCCUCAGCUCUGAUUUGCUCGGCAAACCAAAGCCUUCUCGUCGAAGCUUGUCUUCAUACCUGGAAUAAUAUCAAAAACCAUUGUCAUAUAUACCCAAAAACUUCACAAAUGUGGUUUUGAUAAUAAAAAGCAAAAAAGGUAAAUAGUUAAAUCUCUUACCAAAGCUUCUCCGCAAGGUCUGCAAGGUUGCACCUAAUUAACAAAAGUUGAUAACGUUAAUCUUCUGGUUAUGGCAUAAAAACUAUAGCAUUAACUUUAGAGAAACAAAUUUCCAUAUGGAGAAUCGCUUUACUUGGGUCGGAAAAGGUAUGGAGCUUUCUCGGCCACCUUGACAUAAAUAGCACAACCACUCUUCUCUUGCACAGCCUAUAGUAUAAAAGAUUUAAUCACUUUAAUCGCAGCAUGCAUUCUUCUCUCGUAUAUUUUUCAUCUAUGUAUAAACUACUCCCCAAAUGACUACUUCAAUACUUUUCAUCAUUACUAUAAACGACUCUCACCUUCUUCGCUUCCUCAGCAGAAGCAAACUCAACAAAGCCACAGCCCAGAGACUCACCCCAGUCAUCUACUAUAAGUCGAACACGAACAACUUCUCCAACACAUUUGAAGAUAUUGAUGCUGUAAAAUAAAGGAUAAAAUAUCAACUAUCAAAAACUUGCUCCAAGAAUAAAGACGAAAUUAAAGGUGCUACUUACAUAUUUGACAUGCUACAAUUUUCUUUUUUCAUAGAGACUGUGGCAAAAAAGACCGUCGUUUUCAUCAAGUUAACAUCCUGAGUUUAACAGCCAAGUGUGUUAGCACAACUCUAUAGAGAAAAGGAGUAUUUGAUGUGCAUAAUAACAAAAAGAAGAAUCAUCCCAGAGACGGUCAUCUUUUGACUUUAUGGUUCUUCUGAGCCUGACAUAUUUAAGAUGUACCUCAACAAAAUCGGGAGUUUCUGCUACUGCAUGUUCUUCUAUCAGAAGGCUUUCUCGUUGUAGGUAGUCUUCAUACCUGGAAUAUCAAAAACCCUUGUGAUCUACACCAAAAACUUACCCCAUUGAUAACAGACUCAAGAUGCAAAACAGUUAAAUCUCUUACCAAACCUUGUGAUCUACGCAAUGCCUAAUUAAAAAAAAAAUUGCGUUAGUCUGCUUUAAUGGUACCAAAACUGUAACAAUAAGUUGCAACCAGUGUUACAUAAACAAAUCUCCAUAACAUGGAAUACCAAUUUACCUGGAUAGUAUAGUGUAUGUAGCUUCCUCGACAAAAUCAAGAAAAAUAUCUCUAUCGUACAAAUAUUCGCCGUUCUUUUCGAGCGCCUACAAAAGAAAAAAAAAUAAUUAGGAAUCCGACUUGUAUAAUUCUCAUCAUAAGUUUACUCUAGUUUUCAAUGACUACUAAAAUAAUUUUCAUCAUUACUAAAAAAACUCUCACCUUCUCUGCUUCGUUAGCAGAAGCAAACUCAACAAAGCCAAGCCUUACAUGCUUGAUCUUGGGGUUUACAAUAAGUCGAACAUGAACAACUUGGCCAACAUCUUUGAAAAAAUUGAUGCUGUAAAAAUGGAGGAUAAAAAAUAUCAGUCAUGAAAAAGAUUUCACGAGAACAAAAAUGGUAGUUUAAGGUGGUAACUUACAUAUCUGAUAUUUUAGUUUGUCCAGAGAAAUGGGUAAUACAGAUCGUCUUAUUUCUUACAGUGGCAACUGCCUGCAUAUAACAGGCAAAGUGUAUCAGCACGACUCUCAGGAAAAAAAAAAGACUUAAAUUGCAUAUAUAACAAUAAAAAGCAGAGCCUCAUCUAACGAUUAAUCCAAAAGUAAGAGAUCUUUCGACUUUGUGUGCAACAAUUGUUUAUUAAAGGCUAAGCGUGACAUAUUUUGAGGGUAAUAAGAAGAGGUACCUCAGAAAAAUUGGGACUUUCAUCACGUCUUUUCAUCAAAAAGAUCUUAUGAUCGUGCAAAUAUUCACCAUUCUUAUUUUCCAGUGCCUGCGGUAUAAAAGAUUUAAUCAGCUAUGGUACUUUCAAGUAACUACGUUUAUACUUUUAACACUUGUUUCAUAAUUACUAGAAAAAAAACUGAUCACCUUCUUAGCUUGGUUAGCAGAAGCAAACUCAACAAAGCCAUAACCCACAUGCUUACCCUCGUGGUUUACAAUAAGUCGAACACUGACAACAUCUCCAACAUCUUCCAAGAAAUUGAUGCUGUAAAAGUGGAUGGUAAAAAUUCAGUCACGGAAAACUUGGGUCAGAGAAGGAAAGUGGAAACUUAAGGUGCUACGUACAUAUGUAAUAUUUUAGUUGUUUGCGGAGAGAGAUUGGCAAUAAAGAGAACGGUAGCUUCCUGAAUUUAACAGGCAAGUGCGUUAGCAAGACUCUUAAGGAGAAAAUGACUUAAAAUUGCACAACAACAAAAAGUA